AUGGAUGCCUUUUUUCAAAAGAUUGCAAGCAGUCUGCUCUUUACUUCUGCCAAGUCUGUUUCAAGCACGAAGACUAAGCAACCAAAGCCUGUGCUUCUUGCGUCUGGCACCCCACGUUCGCAUUCCGUGCAUCAACGCACAUCGUCCACGGACAAGUCCCGCGACAUACCACGCCGUCGUAUCGCUCAUUGGGACAAGAAGCGAGAAAAGUGUGCGAAUUGCGACCAUAUUUACCUCAAAACGUUGAGCCAACAUCCUGGUUUCUGCUCGGUCGAUUGCAAGUCGAAUAUGGUCUACUUGGACAAGAUAAACCGUACAAUUCACGCCAUGAAGGACGCAGUACAAAAGCAACGUCGACAAAAGGAAGACCAAAAUAAAGUAGAGGAACACGAACAUCCGACGUCUCAUGAGGACGACGAUGAUGAAGUGGAGGAUAUGGAAACGAAAUGCAAAACUUUUGCUGAGUUUGGUCUCGAGUCACGUAUUCUUGACGCCAGUAAAGUCGAGUGGGCGUUUAGCGCUAUGUAUUAG